AUGUCACAAUCACAAUCGCAGCCCUUAUCCUCUGCCCUCCUCACACUCCUCCUUCCAUUCUCCAUCGCCCUUGCCCUCUACCUCAGCAUCUCAUAUCUCAUCAUCCCCUUCUGGCGGUCCCAAUCGCCUAAUCUACCCAUCGAUACCAUGUCAGAGCUGGCGCGACGGGCAAAAGACGGGGUAUACAGGUUUGCGAAGAGGUUUCGCAAGCACGAGGAGUGGGAUGAGGAUGCAGGGGAGGAGGAUGAAGAGGCGGCUAUGCUGAAUUACGAGGAGGAUAGGGGAAGGCUGUGGAGGNGGAGUGUGCCGGUGGCGAGGGAGGAUGAGGAGGGUUGA